GGAGGGAGUGAGUGAGUGAGUGAGUGAGAAAGAGAGAAGAGAGAAGAGAGAGAGAGAAAGAGAGAGAGAGAGAGUAACGGAGAUUGAAAGAGAAGUUUGUUCAAAAUAAAAUAGAAUUGUGGUGUAGUUCAAUUGAGGCGGGAGGGCAGAAGAAACGCAGAAUUGCCAAGCCAAGCUUUUGGACAACAUAGGGGAGACAGCGCUUUUAUAUAAAUUAUUUCGGAACUACUGUUUCACAGAACAUAGACUGCACGCAGCUGUAUCAAAUAGAUUGAUCUGAUGGUCAUGACGGCAGCUGUCGAUAUGAAACCGACGUUAACCAUCAUUAAAUCUGAAAAAAUGGACGAUCUGGAGUGUGGAGACGUGCCCCUGCUCACUCCAGGGAGUAAAGAGAUGAUGUCUCAGGCCCUCAAGGCCACGUUCAGCGGCUUCACAAAGGAGCAGCAGAGACUGGCCAUUCCCAAAGAUCCUAGAGUGUGGACGGAGGGUCACGUGAGCGAGUGGCUGGCGUGGACGGUCAACGAGUUCAGCCUGAAGAACGUGGACUUCCACAAGUUCUGCAUGAACGGCGCCGUCCUCUGCGCCCUGGGAAAGGAGCGCUUCCUGGACCUGGCCCCUGACUUUGUGGGCGACAUCCUCUGGGAACACCUGGAGAUGCUUCAGAAAGAAGACACAAAGCAUUUCUCCAACGCCAACGGCCUGACCUCCAGCUUCCAGGAAUCCCGCUAUAGCUCAGACUACUUUGUCAGCUACGGCAUUGAGCACGCUCAGUGCGUCCCUCCCUCGGAGUACUCCGAGCCCGGCUUCAUCACCGAGUCCUACCAGACCCUUCACCCAAUCAGCUCGGAGGACCUGCUGUCACUCAAGUACGAGAGCGAGUACCCCAACGUCAUUCUCCGGGACGCGCCCCUCAACCCUCUGCAGGGCCACUACUUCACAGUCAAGCAGGAGGUGGUCUCCCCUGACAACAUGUGUGUGGGCCGCAUCAGCAGAGGUAAGCUGGGCGGCCAGGACUCCUUUGAGAGCAUCGAGAGCUUGGAGAGCUGCGACCGGCUCACCCAGUCCUGGAGCAGCCAGUCCUCCUUCAGCAGCCUACAGCGGGUCCCCUCCUACGACAGCUUCGACUCGGAGGACUACCCCAGCGCCCUGCAGGGCCACAAGCCCAAGGGCACCUUCAAGGACUACGUGAGGGAGCGUUCGGACCUCAGCAAGGACAAGCCUGUCAUCCCUGCCGCGGCCCUCGCGGGCUACACAGGCAGCGGGCCCAUUCAGCUUUGGCAGUUCCUCCUGGAACUGCUGACGGACAAGUCGUGCCAGUCCUUCAUCAGCUGGACGGGAGACGGCUGGGAGUUCAAACUCUCUGACCCCGACGAGGUGGCUCGGCGGUGGGGAAAGAGGAAAAAUAAGCCCAAGAUGAACUACGAGAAACUGAGUCGCGGCCUGCGCUACUACUACGACAAGAACAUCAUCCACAAGACCUCGGGCAAGCGCUACGUGUACCGUUUUGUCUGUGACUUAAAAAGCCUGCUGGGAUACACCCCUGAGGAGCUCCACGCCAUGUUGGACGUUAAGCCCGAUACAGACGAGUGAAAAACUACAGGACAAAGGAAAAGAAGGACAGUGUAAAAGCAGCCAAGAAGACUAGGGGCUCAGAAAGUGUUCUUUACUAUCCGGUAGACUGGGCAACCAUUUUGGGACUUAAAAAUCUAACUGUGGUCUUUUUGAGCUCAUUUUGAGCUCACGUCAGGCAACAUAUUAAAAUGGAGCACAUGCCAACAGUGAAAAUUCAUAUUCUCUGUUGCUUUGGCAUCGUGUAUGAAUAUUAUAUACAGGUAUAACUGAGCAGCUCAAGGUGAAUGGAAAGCUGUUUGUUUGAAUAGAAUGCCCGUUUUGCCUAAGUAGCACAAGAAACUGACUUUGAGAAAGAGGGCUGUGAAGGAGACAGAGGGUGAUUCAUUGUAGGGUGGACAUUGCAUGAGAGGAAAAUUACUGCUAUGAAAUCUGUUGCCAAAAUAGAAAAUGGAAAUAUGUUGUAUUUACAUGCUCACUGUUUCUCUGCCUCACUGCACACACAAUAGGCAUGGGUAGAGUUCUCAGCUUGGACCAAAAAAAAAAAAGUGUUUUAUUUUAUUUUGUAACUAUUGUUUUAGAACCAUACUGUAUGUUUGUGCCAGUAUUAUUGUUAAUGACUCCUGUUUGGAGCUUACAGAGGCUCAGAAAGAGGGCUGUCUUUUUUUAAACAAAUGAAGGUAUUGUGAACCCAGAAGAUAUUCUGUGUGAGGUUAACCGUACUCCUGUUUUGUUCCCUUCACGAGCCUCAAAAUGCAAAUGUGGUUAUCAGACGACACUAGACACUGGCCAUUUUUCUCGUUUUCACGUAGCUCACAAGGGCGCCGUACUCAUAGCAAGAGUGCUUGAUAGACAGCCAACUGAAAGUAACCGUUGCUUUAAAAACUGACGCUUUCACCUUUGCACAUUUGCCGUCCUGCUAUAGAGAGACAGUGUUUUUGCAAGACUAUUCAUAUCAGCAUGCAUGUACAACUCGUACACCAGUAUGAGGAUGGCCGGUCAAUUCGCAUAGAGAAGAUCAGGCAUGAGUGCCAUGCUGUUCCAAUGCUCAAGAUGUUGAGGGCGACAGUGUAGCGAGUUGCAUCCUGGGUCAAGGCACUGCUUGAGAAAAGCUUUUGGAAUGUGUAUCGAGGGUACUGUGCUACGAAAGUCCCACGUUAGUGUUGCGGCACAGUACUUCUGAAGGUUAAGGCGUUUGUGGAAAUUUGCGAGCGAGGAGGUGAGAAGAAGUCAAGGCCGUCUGCGACUGUCUGAGGAUGGGUGUAUCAGGAGGCUGCAGGAGAUUGGUAGACGUGGACAGGGAACUAGAGAUUGGUGGUUGAUAAGUGAAGUGUGAUUGAUAAUAAUUGACAGCAAGGGUGUGGUUUGAGUUCUAGCAGCACUGCAUUGCUCGGAGGCCUUUGCUGAAUUAAGUGUAAAUAGACGCUCUUGUUUUACCACUGUUAAAGGAGGGAAGAAUCAAAAUCAUUGACAAACGGGUCAACUUCAAAAUGUACAGGAGGCGGGGGGGGGGGGGGCGGCGGCAAGUGGCAUUACUAUAAAUGGUAUUUUGUAAUUCAUCAUUUUCUGUGCUUUAGACAAAAAAGACACCCUACUUUGUUUAUGGAAUGGAUGAGCAAAAGUAUAUGAACAUUUUUAUUUUGACAGUCUAGCUCACUUGGACCACACAGUGGAUAGCUGGUUAGGUUUGGAGCAGUGGCUCCACUUUUGUCAGUUCAGUGGGACCAAUACUCUACGCCGGCCUUAUGGGAAAAGCCAAAGUCAAGAAAUAUCAUCUUAAAAUAAAAAUGUUAUUGUUUACAGUGGAUGAAUGUUACCCAUACUGAUGAGAAUAGCUUUUGAAAUGUCUAUUUGUACAGAUUGUAUUUCAUAAAGCUUUAUUAAGACCCAGAUUAAACAAAUAAGCAAGAGACAAAGCAGGAAUAAUAACCAAACCCAUGUGAGGUCUUUGGCAGUGGGGCACCCUCCACCAUGUUGGAAUACAGGGACCAAAAAACUGUACUUUUUUCUAGUUUUAUCUACUUUGAUCUAUCUGGGAUAGUGCUCAACUUUGAGACUAUGCCAAGAACUUUCCCUUGUACUGCAUAUUUUGUGCUCUCCAAAUUCUGAGAAAGAGAUACUGUAUCGGUGUGUUGUAAAUGAUUAUUUGGCCAACAAGCUACAAGAUUGGUUUCUCAGUUAUCAAUUAGCACAAGCACGCAAACCCUCACACAGUACAUGGAAACCUGCUGUUUGAUCUGAAUGUUUUGGCAGGUCAACCUUUAGUUGCUUUGAUUUAGUUCUUAAUGCAUGUUUAGGUCCAGGAUUUUAAUCACUGUUUUAUUUUCACUGUUCGUUUUUUUUUUAACCUCCAACGAAUGUUUUAUACCAGGGCAACUCUUUUAGAUAUUUAAAUAUAUGCUUAACUUGUUUUUGACUAUGCCCUUGGUGCCAGUCACAAUUUGUAGUAGGUCAGAAUAUGAGUAUCUUUGUCUAUUAACGUGCCUGUUUAGACUUCGAAUGAAGUUUGUUCAACUGUCAGGAAAAAUUAUUUAGGCUAUAUUGAUAAAUGUCACAAACACAGUAUUGCACAGAUCAUAGUAUACCUACUUACAUGCAUACAUAGAUACGUUGCCAUGGUAACAUAUCUCAGAAUGAUCCAGUAGGAAACCCUUUUUUUUCUCGAUGUUACAGUUUUUUGUAUAUUUUAUAGUGUUUUCUGUAUUUUUGUUAUUGAGAUCAUUUUUAAUGUAUUUAGUUCACAAACAUUUGAAUAUUUUUCGAUAAUUUAUAUUUUAUAAAAGAGAGACAGACAGCUGGUGCUUUCAUGGGAAAUAAAAGGUAGCGCAGGACAAAAACAUGUAGCGAUUUUCUUUUAAUAGAAAAAGACCUGUCUGCUCAAGAAAAAAAGGCUGAUGCUGGCCCAUCAUUGAUUUCUGCUGGAAAGUUUUAUAAACUGUAGCUUCUAUUUCUUAUUGUACUUACUGUACUUUGAAAUGUUAUGUUAUAAAAAAAUAUAUGUGAACAAAUCUAAUCU